AUGAAGGACGGCAUGCGCCGCCUCCACUCCCACCUCGCCCUCCUCAACUUCCCUCAGUCUGAUAGCCCUGGGGGAAGAGGUGGGGUAGCUGGGCCUGGGGCGGGUAGGCUGGCGCAGCAGCAUCAGCAGCAGCUGCUGCAACUGAUGCUUGCACGGGGGAGGGUAGGAGGAGGGGGAGGAGGGGAGAGGGGAGAGGGAGGAGCAGGAGGAGGGCGGGGGGGGGUGCAGGGGAGUGGAUGGCAGGAUCUGUCUUGUGAUUCGUCAGAAGCUGUUAGGAAUGAGGUCCAGAGUGGUGCAGAUGGUGCUGGUUACGGUGGUGGUGGUGCUGCUGCAGCUGAGUUUGCCACUACCACCACCACCACUGCUCGUGCCACAUACCACCUCCCCCAGUCAACCCCCUCACGCGCAGCAGGUCAACCCCCUCCCACUGCCCUUCUCCCUCCCCCUGCACUCUCCUCUCCUCACCCCAUACCAUCCAGUACCUUAUCCACUCCGUCGCCCUCCCCCACCUAUUACCUUCCUCCGCUCUACCCCCCUCCUUCCACCGCCUCCUCACCAGCUGUACCUCCCCCAGCUGGCCCCUCCCCCGUGGGUCCUGUGCUGUCUGACAGUAUAGAAUCCCCCAUGCUCCCCCCUGCUUGUACUGGUCCUUCUUAUAACGCGGUUAUGGAGAGGGCUAGGGCUGCUGCUGGGAAGGGAUUGGUUGGUAGGGAAGGGGAGUUGUGGGGAGGAGGAGAAGCGGGAGGGAGAGUUGAGGGGGUGGCAACAGCACCCCCUUCAUUCUCCCCAGAUUCAGGAGCAGCAACAGUCACAGGAGUGGCAGCAGCAGCAGCAGCAGCAGCAGCAGCGCCACCAGGAAUCGCGGUCGGCACAGGCGCCGCUAGCAGCCGAUGGAAGCGGGCGGCAGGGGGCCUGGUUGGGCGGCGGAGCGGACGGCUGAUUCCGGCUGGUAUGCAGCAGAUGAUCGGCCAGGGGGUGGCUCAGGUGCAAUCCAUGGUGAUUGCGGGGUUAGAGGAUCUGCUGGAUUUGGAUUCGGAAGGAGCGGAGAUUGGUGGAGCGGGGUUGAGUGCGGUGAGAAGUGAUGGAGGUGGUGGCGGGGCAAGCAGGCUCGGGUUGAGCGUGGUGGAGAGCGGUGGGAUGGGAGUCACAGGUGUGGGGAGUGAAGGGUUGAGCAGCUCUGGUGGUGGUCUUUAUGAGGGUAGCCUGGGUAGGCUAGACGGGGGGAGUGUUGGCGUUUCAAGUGUGGGUGUUGUUUCGAAUGCCAGGCCGCGCAGCAGUAGCUGCAAUUGGCCCGAUCCCUCUUCUAGUGAGGGGACUCAAACUCCGGUGGGUGAUUCUGACUCACAAUCUCAGCAGCUGGAAGGUGAGAGUGCGGGGGUCGUUGCGAGUGCCAGGCCGCGCAGCAGUAGCUGCAAUUGGCCCGAUCCCUCUUCUAGUGAGGGGAAGGAGGGAGGGCUAGACUGUUUGAGUGCAGCACAGAGCUCUGAUAUCCUCCUUAUAAGCAGUGAGGUGGAUGUGUCAGCAGUGGCUGAUGCGCUACCAGCUGUGCUAGAAGAAGGACCAGACACUUCGAGUGCAGUGCAGAGCCCUGAUAUCUUCCCAGAAACACGCCCUGCCAGCAGUGAGGUGGAUGUGUCAGCUGUUGCCGAUGCGCUGCCAGCUGUGCUAGAAGAAGGAUCGGGCCAAUCAGACGCCAGUGCUGUUCGGAGGGACGUUUUGGGGAAGGAGAUUGUAGAGGAGGGGGCGGUGACGGGUGAUGGCGGUGUGGGAGCAUCAGGGUUUGCAGGAGAGCGAAUGGGAGCAGGAGAGCGAGUGGAAAAGAGGGGGUUGAGUGCUUCUGAGGCUGCUGCUGCUGCUGCUUCCAUAGCAGCAGGAGGAGGGUUUCAGCCAGCAGCAGCACCGUCUGCUUUUGAGAAUUCUGAAAAGCCGUUGAGUGCACCAGAGGCUGCUGCUGCUGCCAUAGCAGCAGGAGGAGGCUUCCUGGAAGCUGCAGAAGCAGCUGCAGCUGCUGUGUUGAGUCGGCACGGGUCGAGCGUAACAGCAGGAGAGGGGAAGGGGCCAAGGGGGAGGGAUUGGGGGAGCGGAUUUGGAGGAGGGGGAGUUGCAAUGGGGGAAGCGAUGGGUCAAGGCAUGGGAGGAGAACGGACAGGAGAAUGGAUGGUCGAAAGGACAGGUGUAACAGCUGCAGCAGCAGAAGGACCAGCGGUUGGUAACAAUGUAACCACCACCUCCCUUCCCUUCUCCUCCUCCUCCGCCCCCACCACCACUCCCAUUGCCGCCACCUUUCCUCCUCCCUCUCCCUCCUCCCCCUCCCGCCCCCGGGCCUUCUCCCGGCUGCGAUGGCUCCUCCACGCCAACAGCGAUGUGGUAACCGGCGCGUUCAUGGUAACCGCGUUCUGCUGGAACCUCUCUCUCUCCACCCUCGUGUUCCCGCUCGCGCUCUUCCUGUACGCGCUCGUGUCGAACCCGUCUCCCGGGCCGAGGUUCUGGAGGGGACUGCUGGUUUACUCUGAGGUGCUGAUCGCAUUGGAGUAUUUGUAUCAGAUCCCCACGCAUGAUGGGUGUACGAGCUGGGCCGGGGGGAAUGGGGCGGGAGGGAGCGGGAAAAAGGGAGGGGGCGGCGGAGGGGGUGGUGGAGCAGGAGGAGGAGGAGGAGGGGGAGGGGGAGGGUUUGCUGGGUGGAUAGGGGCUGGGUUCGGUAUGGAGGGGUGGGAUCGGUUGUUUGCUCUGUUGGGCGUCCGGCCCUACCCGAGCUGGUUCGUGUGGAACGUACUUCCUCUCUUUGCAGUCUACCUCGCUCUGCUUGUUCAGACCGCCAUCUGCCAGCGAAACAGCCAGUCUAGGAGUGCUAAGGAGUCUAUGGUUUCUGCGGAGGCUAGAAGCUCUGUGAGGCUUGCCAGACCAGAGGAGGAGGAAGAGGAUGAUGUCAGCCCGGACGGGUGGACGGCCAAUCAGAUGCUUCCAGGUGUCAUCGAGGGAGCGUUCAACUUUUUGCUAGCGCAUGCUGAUGGCGUGGCAGCACCUGCUGAUGUGGCAGUGCCUGCUGACGUGGCAUUGCCUGCUGAUGUGGCAGGAGCUAAACAGAGAAGAGGAGGCCACGGUGGAGGUGGUUCAAGAAAGCAUCACGUCUCCUCUCAGCCGCACAUGUGGAAUGACACGUGGCAGUCCCUCACGCCAUCGGCUGACGUGGCAAAGAGGCUCGGGAGGUUCAUGAGCGGGGGAAGGCCGGGGAGUGGGGGAGAGGGAGGGGAGGAAGGAGGAGGGGAGGGCAGGGGGGAGUUGGUGAGAGGAGUGGGUGGUGUGGGUGGGCGAGGGAGUAAUUUUACAGCUGCUGCUGCUAGUGGCAUCCUGGGAAGGGUGUUUGGGUCGCGCCGUGUGCAACUCGCCUCAGUUGUUGCAGGAGGCAGAAGGGAGAUAGACCUAUACCCCUACAUCUUCUGUAUCGACAUACUCGCUUUCUUCUAUGUCGGGCUCUUCUACCAGUCGGCCGUGCGAGACAGGUCGCCCUUUGAGGAGGUCAUUCACACGGGGGACCAGUUCCCCUCCACCUACGUUGCGGUUCUCAUGACGCAGUUCUUCCUCAUAGUCACCAACCGCAUCCUCUAUCUGGUCUUCUCCGCCCCGCUGCGCAUCCUCUACCACCUCACCUCACUCCUCCUGCACCUCGGCUACCCCAUGCGCCUCUUCUGGAACGCCAACCUCAUCGCCUCCCACAACACCAUCCGGGCUUACCUCGCCAUCAAGUCCAUCUCCCUCGCGCUCUCUGCGCUGCAGCUGAAGCACGGUCCGCCAGGGCCGGCGAGCAAGGCGACGCCGUUUCUGACAAGGAGGGCCACGUGGCUGAGGUGGCAGCUGUUCCGGGUUUACCGCAUGCUGCCGUUUCUCUACGAGCUGCAUCUGAUUCUCGACUGGUGGUGCACCAAAACAACUCUGCCUCUCUAUGAUUGGCUCAAGCUAGAGGACAUCUACGCCAGUCUCUACCUCGUCACCUGCGAUCGCAAGAUAGCGCGUGCCGGGCACAAGCCGGGGCAGCCGCAGGGGUGGGGGGUGAAGCUCAUGGGAGGGGCCUUCUUCUUCCUCGCUUUAGUCACAGUCAUCUGGGCGCCCAUGCUGAUCUACAGCAGCGGCAACCCCGCCAACUACCCCAAUCUGGUGACAGACGUGCGAGUCAACCUGGUCCUGCAGACCUGCUCCGGCUCCUUCCCCAUCUUUGAGGGCGGGCAAGAGCGCCUGCUGCUGGACCCGCUUCUCAACCCAGGGCCCGCAACCCCCUUCCAGCUCACGGGUGUGGAUUCACAGCAGCUGCAGGAGAUGCGUUUCCUGGAAGGUUCCUUUACGGAUGUUGCAGAGGAAGGUUCCUUUGCUGGCCGUGAGAAGGAAGGUUUGGAGGAUGCUAAGGAAGGUGCAUUGGACCACGGUUUGGCCGCUGACAGCAGUUCUGAUGUUCAGUUACCACCAGCAACCACACAGUCUCCCCCUCUUUCCCCCGCCUCUCCGCCCCUCCCUCCGCCCUCUCCUCCCCUCGCUCCUCCCUCUCCCCCACCCCCACCUCGAAUCCCCUCCUGGAACGUCUCAGACGAUCCUGUACUGAAUUCCACGGGGUAUUUACCCGUCGAUAUGCGCCUGGUGUGCGUUUACCCAGACUCCCUCUCCCUCUUUCAGCUGACACCCCCUGCUGAGAGCCGCCUUAGAGAAGCACUUAGAAGAUCGGCCACAGGAGGGGGAGGCGGCAGAAGCACGAGGCGAAGGGUAGGCGGAAAGUAUAGACUGAGUGGAGGGAGUAUAAGAGAUCUGUCAGGAGCAUCACACCUAGCAGUAUCCUUCCCGUAUCACCCAAUUCAACCCUCACUCUCUUCCAUCCAACCAGCCUCCUCCCGUCGCUCCCUCCAAGCCUCAUCCCGAGCUUCCUCCCAAGCCUUCUCCCGAGCCUCUCUCUCUGGUCCGCCGGACCCAUGUGCGCCGAGCCUGAUCGUCCAAUGGUGGUUCACGCGCCCCCGCCCCAUCCGAAGGGAAGUGGCAUCAUGGGAGGAGGUCUAUUCCGGCCUGCCCCCCGCGCUGCUGGCUGAUGGGCUGCUGGGGAUACUGGAGGGGAGGAAGGGACCUGCUGCUGCUGGUGGAGGAGCUAUGGGGUUGCUACUUCCGGAGUUAUAUCCGGUCUACUGGAAGCUUCCUGGGUUCGGCAAGGCGAGAGAGCUGGAAGCUUCCAAGGUAAGGCUAAGGCUGACUCUAAGCGUGUGUGUCUGGGGGCAUUCACUGGUGGUGGGUGCUGUAAUGUGGUUCGAUCCGCCUGCUGCCUACAACUGCAGGAUGACUCCUCUAGCAGCAGCAGCAGCAGCAGCAGCAGCAGCAGCAGCAGCAGCAGCAGCAGCAGCAGCAGCAGCAGCAACAGCGGCGGCGGCGGCAGCAGUGGCAGUGGUAACAGUCGUUGGUGGGUGCUGCAUUGUGCUCCUCUCCCUCCUGACUCCACCGGUACUCUCGGCACGAGGAGAAGGAAAGGGUGGUGCAGGGAGGGAGAGGAGGCUGGAGGAGAGUGAGGGUGUGAGGGCGUUGGAGGCAUGUGGAGAAGCAUCAGGGCCUGCUGCUAUCACUGUUUCAGAAGAAGUGCCUGCCGGGGUGCUAGGGGAGGCGAUGCAGACAUUCAGCAUCACGGGCCUCUACGUCACAUUCGUGCUUGCUCUGGGGCGACUCAUUCGCUCACAGAGUUCUGAUCUUCGCCUCAAGAUACCCUACGAGAACCUGCCCUCCUGUGAAAGGCUCAUGGCUAUAUGUGAAGAUUUAUAUGCAGCACGAGCAGAGGGGGACCUGGAGCUGGAAGAAGGGCUUUAUUGGACUUUAAUUAAAAUAUAUCGCUCACCGCAUGUGCUUCUUGAAUACACCAAGGGUGACAAAGCUGAUUGA